AUGAGGCAUAGUAAGAGAGUUACUGUGCCACCAGAGAUUCUGGGUUCGAGCCCAGGCUCUGUCUCAGCCAAUUGCCUCCACCUUCUUGUUUGGUUGUACAUCUGUCUCUCGAUUCAGCUUUUCUCUUCCUCCGUUGGGGUCCUGUAUGGUGUACCUGGCUCCACCCUGGUCAUCCCAUGUCUCCCUGGCCAAAAACAACAAAGCUUUGCUGGGGCUAAGAUCACCUGGAAAUACAAUGACUCCCUGGUUCCAGACUACCCAGAAUCCUCAGAGCAACUCAAGCUCUCCCCGGGUGGCUUCUUUCUGGAAAUCGCUCCUGUCAGUGUAGCCAACGAGGGGGAAUAUGAAUGUGUGAUCAAGCAGAAUGAUAUGGGGUGGCAAAAAGUGAACAUAAUCCAGGUUGAUAUGUCCAGCAGCUACAUUCUCAAGGUAAACGAAGGGUCCACUGUGAAUUUACCUUGUGAACGCCCACCAUCCAGCAAUGACCAGGUCCAUUGGUACAGAUAUGAUAAAGUAAUGAGGAACUGCACACGGAAGCAGUUGAAUCCUGCAGACACUGGAGAAAUGGAGGAUGUCCAAUCCAUGCAAUUCUACGAUGCGGAUCCAGUCAAAUUGACCAAUAGUAGUGAGGUAAACGUGGAAAUGAUCAACAGUUGGGUGGCGAAGCAGACAAAUAAUAAAAUAAAAGAGCUGGUCAACUCUGUUCCCGCCCACACCGAACUGGUACUCCUCAAUGCUGUGUAUUUCAAUGGUCAAUGGAAGAUGAAAUUUGAUGCAAAAUCCAAGAAGUUUCCAUUUGUGAAACUCAAUGGUGAUACUGUGUUGGUGCCUGUCCUCUACAGUGCCAAAUACAAAUUGGCUAUGCAAUACGUCCCAGCACUGAUGGCACAGCUCUCUGACCUGCAAUUGGUGGAGGGGAAGAUGAUGGACAAGGCAGUGAGCCAGAUGAUGGAGCAGAUGAAUCAGGUGUCUCCCCAGGCCACUGAGCGAUCUCCCUCUAUCCUUCCCUUUUCCCUUCUGGCCCUCUUCACUCUCCUUCUCCAUGUCCGCCUCCUCUUAAUCCCCCACCUCUUUCUUCCCUUAGGUUUGUCGGAGCUGUUCGACAGCGCCAACCUGUGUGGCCUCUACCCCGACAACGAGUUGCUGCUGACGGACGCCCGCCACCGGGCCUUCCUCUCCCUGACGGAGCAAGGUGUGGAGGCUGGUGCGGCCACUUCCCUCUCUUUCUCCCGCUCCUUCUCUUCCUUCUCAGCCCCCAGGCCCUUCCUGAUGAUACUGUGGAGCGACCAGGCCAAGGCCCCACUGUUCGUGGGCCGAGUGACCGAGCCAUGAGAGAAGGAGGUAGAGAG